AUGGAGGAGAAUCGUCGGAGAUGGUGUGGUGGCGGUAGGGAGGUUCCAGUUGCAGGCGGCGGAAACACCAUCAAAUGGAUCGAAAUAUCUGUACCUUCUCCUUCUCCUUCAAGUGAGGACAAUGUAUGUCUCGUGCUUCCUUCUUCUUCAGAAGAAGAAGACUACACUUCUAGCAGUGUGAUUGGGGAUCCUCCCAUCUCUUUCGUUUGUAGAAUCAACAAAACAAACUCAAACGUUCUCGAGGUUCUGCAGCUCUCUUCUAAAUCUGAGUUUCUAUUAACGGGGAUUCGUUUCUCCUUUGCUCAUAAACUCUAUCCUUUUGCUUUUCCAUUCGUCGCUCACGAGGGUAGUGCAAGUGGUCCUCUCCGCUUCUUUCUUUACGCCUUCACGCCCUCUAGUGCUGUCUACGUCCUUAAUCUCUCAAAUGCGUUGGCCUAUGAGUCUGGAUCAGUCUUCAGGCAUGAUCAUUUUACCCACGUGGAUGUUCGACGUUACUUAAACGAAGCUCAGGUUACCAGCGUAACCGCAUGUCCUGGCUCCAUUUUCCUUGGGAGAUCUGAUGGUUGUGUCUCUUGCUUCCAACCUUUUCUGUCCCGUCAGGAACCAUUAUCAGAUGUUGCAGCUGUGAUAGAUUUAUCCAUAUUAGAAUUUGAAGACGGACCUUUUAUCAAUGUGCUUCAUGCUGAUGGAAAGUUAAGUGUCUGGGAUAUCUUGUCCCGUACCAAGAUGAUGUGCGAAAGUGUAGCUGCUGAAAACUGUGAGAAUUUUAUUUGUUGGUGGCCAUUUCAAAUUUGUUUGAUCAUCCAUUCAUUUACCUCUGUUUUGACUUUUUUUCAUGCAGUGUUUGUCCCUCUUAGGUUAUGGGUGGGUAUUGCUGAUUACGAUAACCAAGUCAUUCCAUUGGUUGUCUCGCGUAGACAUAAUCUCGUCAACGUGAUUACUGUGUUUUUCAUACGCUUUACCUUCCAGAAAUUUGUAAGCUUUUUUCUGCAAUCUGGACAUCUCAAUAUUCCAUUGCAAGGGGGAGAAUUGCGGGAUGUCAGAUUUACAUCCGACAGGAUCUUGAUUUUAAAGGCCGAUGAAUUGAUAUCUCAAAUGCUGUCCUAUAAAUCUAGUAACAUGGAAACACAGUCUUACAUCUUACAGGAGGAAUAUAUAUCUGAGCAGUUAUUUCUGACUCCUGCGAGCUCUUUACAUGAGCUUCGGUUGACAACACAUUCACUAUUUUCAUCCUCAAAGGAUCGAAUUAUGGGAUUCAUUUCAUCAAUCUUCUUAGGCAGGCUUCUCUGUCUUGGAAUUUUUGACGAUGUUGCAUUGCGUCUAACUUUACGGGACCACAACAAAUGCUGGAGUGAUUCUGAGUUUCAAUCUUUAAGUCUUGAUGAGCUUAGAAGGGAGAUUCUUUCACUAGUUGAGCAAGAGGUUACUGGUGAGACUACUAUUUCAGUUUUUCACUGGUGGGAAACUUUUUGUAAAACCUAUCUUGAUCACUGGCGUAACAAUAAUGGACUUCGCACGUUGCUGGUUCAGUCAGAUGGUAUUGGUUUAGUUAGAAACAAUUCAGUGUCACUCUUCUUUAGUUUAGAGAAUGCUGAGAACAGCCUUGGAGGGCCUUCUUUUGAACACAGCAACCUGACAAGCUUAGACUUGGGAAUGUCUCACAAUGAACAUGAGAGGCUGUUGGAGAUAUUAAAAUGUACUUUGAAGAUCCGUAAGAAGUUGGGCGGUGCUCCUUGUGCCAUGUACUAUGAAUUAGUUACUGGAAAGCCAGUUAUCUCUUCUGAUGACAUUGUGCCUCGCUUAGUUAACAUCCUUGGGUCGGGAUAUGCAAUGUCCAUAGAUCAGCGUACAUGGUUGGAUCUUGGUGCUGAUAGAGGAUGGGAAAAAGAGCUAAAAUCUCAUAGAAUGUUUUCCAUUCACAUGUUAUUGUCUAUCUCUACUCUAUGUCAAAGGGCAGGAUCUUGGGAAAAGGUUUUUGAUAUCAUGGAGAACUAUUUGCAGUAUCUGGCUCCUAAGAAAUUUAGGCAUGACAAUAAUGGCGAGUCAUUAUCUGAUAUCUGUAGUUCAAUCCUCGUUCAAGCCACUACUCAGUUUGCAAAAGUUAUGUUUGAGUCUGCCUUUGACAUCGUCCUACUCCUCAGCUAUCUCCUUAACAUAUCUGAGAAGGUUAAUAUGUCAGAACAAGACAUAUGCAAGCUACGGCAUAAAUUGCUUCCCAUGAUCCAAUAUAUUGUCACAGAGUGGCUCAUCAUCCUUUCCUUUCUUACCACUCCAGCUGAGUCGAUUUCAAUGGAUGAUUGCAGCUUUAAACUCUCAUUUCUACAGAUUGAUAGCAGCAUUGACAAAAUGGUUGGGAAAUGUGGUUUCUCAUUGGCGUACAUUCUUCUCUUAAGUGACCGAAGUUGUAUUGUGGACAGCCGAUAUGACUUGAGAUAUCUUCCGAAUUCACAAGUUGUUACAAGUUUGGUACAAAACUUUGUUAGCUGGAUUUGUUAUAUUAAAACAGGAGAGGACACAGCUUCUUUGCUAAGACCCUCAUCUGAGCUUACUCUUAGGUUGAUUAGGAAUGGACAGGCUAACAAAGUUGAGCGAAUCCUUGAGGUUAUGGAGGGAAUAUUACGUGGGGAGAAAACAUUUGGACAUGUUCAAGAUACUAGUGGAGAUUGGAGUCUUCUUCAACAUCUCCGUGGUUGCUGCUUCUUUAGGUUCUAUUUUCUACUUCUAUUGUUCAACGCUCUGAAUCAGUUAUUUUCAAAUAUUAUCAGUUUCUUGUGUAGAGCUUCAUCUGGUGAAAAAUAUUGGAAGGCUUUGCAUAGCUUGGCUAAAGAAGCAGGAUUUUUCCAUUCCACAAUUGGUGCCAGUAUUUAA